AUGUUCACCAAAGUUUUUUUAAUUGUCGUGGCUGCGGCAGCGGUUGGUGCUCAAGACCACCACCACCACGAGCACCACCACGCCUCCUCCUCACAGACCAUCAAACAGUACCACGAAAAAGCUACUGAGAAACACGUCGAAUACUAUUCUCACCCCAAGUAUGAGUUCGCGUACAAAGUGGAGGACCCUCACACCGGUGACAAGAAGUACCAGCACGAGGCGCGCGACGGUGACAUCGUGAAGGGCGUGUACAGUCUGCACGAGCCCGACGGUACUGUCAGGAUCGUCGAGUACCACGCUGACAAGAAGACUGGGUUCAACGCUAAUGUAAAACGCGAGGGUCACGCCAAACACAUUGCUCCUGAACACCACCACCACCACUGA